AUCUCACACAGUCAAUCCGUUCUCGACCGUCGAAGAAUCCAACUAGUGUUCUCACGAUACAUCCAGCUAAAAAAAAAAAUAAACAAUUCCUCAAAUUAUUUUACUGAACACGGUCGUAUUCAAAUAUUUUAUCGACAUUUUUUCAACUCUGUUUUUCGGAUUUUGUCCUCCGCAAUCAACGAGUAACACCGUAGCCAGUAUACGUAUUUUUGUGCUGAGUUUUCUACUUACCUAAAUACCUACAAAGCGAUUGCCAAUAUGAGAUUCGCGAUAAUCGGAUUCUUAGUGCUGGUGAUGGGCGCCGCCGUUAAGGCGCACAUACACUUCAUCAGGCUGGCUUUGCUGGCUGCAAUGGGGCUGGCCGGCAUGUGGAUGAUGCACAAGCUCGCACAAGACUGGCACAAGAUUUCGUCGUCUGGCAAGCCCGCCAAGCCAGCAGCCAUGGCUGGAAAGCUUUUGGGGCUCUGGAAGAGAUCUUUACCCGACGAGUUUGUCAAGCGAAUAUCGUAUAUUGGAGGUCGCAUUUCAGUCAAGACCAAUACAGUUGAGUAUAAUUUAGAGUUAAAAACAAGCAAAUCUAAACAGUUCAAUGUUGUUUAUGUGGUGGCAAAUCGUUCAGACUUUAUUUCUUCUUUUAUAAAUACUAAAUCCAAACAUUAA